AUGGUGCGCGGCACAAAACGACGAUUGCAAACAACGGAAAAGUAAGAUUUUAGCAAAACCUCACUGAAAAAAUGCCGCUUCCCACCAAAAUUCGUUAAAAUAGCGGUUUAGGCAGAGAGCGGCGAGUGUAAGCCGAGAUGACACUCAGCCGGUCGACGAGGACUUCAUUUGCGAGUCUCAGAGUUCCAAAGCAUAUGCCCGAUUAGUCGGAGUGCGGCGGAACGUGCCCAACAUAGGUAUUCGCUAGAAUUUCCCCAAAAAAGCGGUAAAAAAGUUUGCAGACUUGAUCGAGGAGCAGUUUAUUUGCGGCCGCGGCUCCGAAGACGUUCCCGUCAGUUACACGUUCGCCUCGUUAAGCAGUGAUAACGGCCUCUAUCGGUUCAUAUCGAAAAUUCAGUUCGCCAUCACUCGGGUUCGUGUUUUUCAUAAUAAGGAAGAUGUUUUCAGGAAUAUCUUGCAUGAAAAAUCACAUUUUUCAGGACUUUGACACAAAACGGACAGUUCUGCACGAUCAUUCGCGCAAUGGAACGCUCAUUAAUCAGGAAAUGGUAGGGAAAGGCAACUCGCGAGAGCUGGCCAACGGCGACCUCAUUUCCAUAGGAAUUCCGGCGCUAAUCGGUUGGUUUUUCGGGGGAAGAAAACACAAGAAAGCAUUUCCUCGCAGUUUUUGUGUUCGAAGACGUCGAGGACCGACAAUAUCCGGACGAGCUGCUGCGGAAAUACCACGUGACGAGCCAUUCGCUCGGGAAGGGCGGAUUCGGAAAAGUGCUGCUCGGCUACAAAAAAUCCGAUCGAUCAGUGGUCAAAUUUGGAGAAAGCAUGCCAAAAAUCGAAACCCUCCCAUUUUUAGGUGGCCAUCAAACUGCUCAACACUCAAUUUUCGGCCCGUUGCAGUCGGGCCAUCGCAAAAACCCGAGAUAUUCGAAACGAGGUGGAAGUUAUGAAAAAACUGGAUCAUGUGGGUCAAAUUUAGUUGAACAAUUGUCAAAAAUUAUCUAAAUCUUUGCAGCCAAACGUGGUGGCGAUCUACGAUUUCAUUCAAGUCGCCAAAUACUCGUACAUGGUCAUCGAGUACGUCGGCGGCGGCGAAUUCUUCUCGAAAGUCGUCGAUUCACGCUAUAAUCGACUGGUGAGUGGGCGUUUGAUCAUAACUAAUUGAUAGUCAGUUUUUCAUCCCGAAAUAGUCUAUGUUCCCCUAAUUCGUGCUCACUUUUCAGGGACUCGGCGAAUCGUUGGGCAAAUACUUUGCCUACCAGCUGGUCGACGCCGUAAUGGUAACGUUUUCCGUGUUGCUGUUCUCUUAUCGGUCCCCGAUUUCUUAUCAAUUAAUCAACGCCCACUCGCAUCCAUCAUAUUUUUGCAGUAUUUGCACUCGGUCGGAAUCUGCCAUCGCGACAUCAAACCCGAAAAUAUUCUCUGCUCCGACAAGUCGGAACGAUGCGUUUUGAAGGCAAGUUUCUGUGGGGAAUGUGUUCAGGCUUUUAGGUGGAAAAGUUGGUUUGUUGCCGUAUUUUGAAGAGUUUUAGCUCAAAAAACUCCCGAGAAGGAUGGUAAUUCGCAGAAAAAUGCGCGUUCUUUUGCAGUUGACCGAUUUUGGAAUGGCGAAAAAGGACGCGCGAAUGAAGACGAGAUGCGGCACUCCGUCCUAUAAUGCACCCGAAAUUGUGGCGAACGAGGGCAUCGAAUACACGCCAAAAGUUGACAUGUUAGUGGGAAAUUCUGAAGUGCUAUCAUGCAUUUUCGAGUGGACUUUUCACAUUUUCCCGGCUUUUUGAAGUGCUUGCGAUGCUUUUUGCCUAUUUUCAAAAUUUCGAUCCAAACGUCUUAGGCCGAAAAUGGCGACUUGUCAUUGAAAAUUUUAAAGUUUCCACCGAAAGUUUGUCAUUUUUGUGCAGCUGGAGCCUCGGAUGCGUUCUCUUCAUUACUUUUUGCGGAUACCGCCGUUCAGCGAAGAGUACACGGACAUGUCGAUGGACGAUCAGGUCAUGAAAGGUAAAAUUGCGAUUUUUUAUGAAAUUUUGGUUUCCCACCCUUUUAUACGCUUGUUUUUUGGAAUUUACGCCCAGUUUGUGGGAAGCGAUGAAGCGGACCAUAAUUGCUCUGUUUGUUUUUUUUUUCGCUCCGAAAAUUGCGCUACCCCGCUUGAAUUGGCUCCAAAAAACGAGCGAAACAAUAGAAACGGUUGUUUUCCAUUCGCAGGCCGCCUCCUUUUCCACAGUCAAUGGCGUCGCAUCUCGAGGGAAACGCAGAAAAUGAUCCGAUGGAUGCUCACUGUUCAGGUAUGCUUCUAUAGCGAUCUUUGUUCUAGUUCAUUUUUCUGGGCUCAAACUCUGGUAAAUCGAUCAUUAUCUGAUCCGAGAGUUAGCAUGGACCCGAACAUCUCCUGAUCAUACUCGGAUGUACAGACGAAGUGUUGUAACGCCGCGCAUUUUUCUGAAUUUUGAAUUAAACCAAGUGCGUUACAACACUCCGUUUAUACACCCGAGUCUGAUCAGGACGUUUUGCUAACUCAUCGGAUCUGAUAUUCAAUUUUAAGGUGGAAAAAAGGCCGUCGGCGAUGGAUCUGAUGAACACGGAAUGGAUGCGAUGCGCCGAUUGUCGCCAAGCGAAAUACGACAUUCAGAGAAUUGUGGAUAAAGGGAAAGAGGAGAAGCCGGCCGAUGUCAAAAAGGUUUUGCAGACUGCCGGAGGGUGCAUUGGGGUUUCGCGCCGUUUGAAUUUUAGUCACACAAAAAAAUGCCCACGCGGAGCCAAUAUGGUCACGGAUCGAGCGUGAAAGUCAUAGGAAUUGUAUAUGGGCCCGUAAUGCGUACCUGUGACGCUUCUCCGGUCAAAAGCCCUUUUGCACCUAUCGGUGGAAUAAUGGACGUUAUUUUUGGAGGAAAUUAUUGAUUCAAAGCAAUUCUAGACACAUUUAAUUGAGAAAAAAAUAAAUUUUCAGAAGCGAAUGGAAUGA